UUGUGCAGCUUGUUGGUCGCAUUCUCCAAUUGCAGAACUUUGUGCUCAAGGAUUUUCUUUCAAAACAUCAAUGAAAAAACCAUGCCUUACAAAGUCAUUGAAGGUGUAUACACCAAGGAGAAUUACAGUCACAACAACUUCCCUGUGUAUCGGCGAGAAAACGGCAAUCUGUUGUUUUACUAUAGCAAUAUAUCCACUGAAGACGAAAAACGUUUGAUUUUUGGACUUAAUCCAAGCGACUACUUUGGCGUCGCUGCUCAUGUUUAUAAUGCUGUCGAUCCUGUGUCGUGGCUGACUUCCGGGAGUUUGGAUAGAAGUGAUGUCUUUGGAGGAUUAAUAAGCUUUUGGCAGUUUUGGAACAUAAGCAAUAAAAGCGUUGGCUAUGUUACAGUUAGUAGUUCGUCGCCUAUGAUUAAAGCUGUAUGCGUGGAUGAAGAUUUCAGGGAAUGUAACUCAGACAGACUUUACUUGAAUGUUAUGUUUACCGAUGGAAAAGGAAAUGUUGUAAACGAUCACAUUCGAGAUUAUUUUCUUCGCAAGCCAGGUGUCUUCCGCAACCUUCGUCCUUUGUAUGAGCAUAGCAGACAAAAGUGGUACCUUCAAUACAACCCAGACGGCUUCUGGGUGGUAACUGGACGGUACGCACCGAGUCGAUUACUCGAUCAAGUUUUUAUCAAGACUAAAGAUUUCGCCCUGCGACCAGAGUACAUCAGUAAGACUUGGUCAGUCCAUGAUAACAAUAGAUGGCGGGAUAUGCCUAAUCUUAGACUCUUGUGUAGAGGAGUAAAUUCGAUGUUGAAUACUUGUCCAUCGAAGCCAUGUGAUAGCAAGGCUACCUGCAUCUACACUUUCGGUAAGGAGACACUUUGUCUCUGCCCUUCCGGUUACACCGGCGUGACAUGCUAUACUAACAAGCCAUGCCGCUCCAACAUCAUAGCUGGAACAGAGCUGAAAUUUGCAUAUUUUGGAAAUAGGCCUGGCGAUCUCGGCUUAUUUUUCUGCAGGGGAAGGUAUCCUUCUGUAAGGUUUGCCCUCUGUGUGGAUAGCAAAUACAGCGCUAAGUGGACUAGACAAGGGAGAGCCUGCCGUGGAGGGAAUACUGGCAGCGAUUCUUUUCCCUGGACACCCUGGUACAGAAAAACCACAGAGAGGUCCUCGUAUCAAAGAACCGACACCACAGAUCAACUUCCCACUGCACAAACUAGUCGUGUCGACUUUGCUGCCGACCCUGUAAUCUUCCCCGUGGUCCUUUCUUCUUUCGUGCUUCUAAAAUUGCUCGUGCAAUUUAUCAUCUACUGCUGCGCCGUGUGUAAGAAAAAAAGUAAGGAAGGCCGCAGAGAAGAAAGGGAAGAUGCGAGGAGGUUACAGGAAGAUGACGGGGAAUUAGGAACGAGACUGGAACAAGUUGUUAGGGCCGGGAGUCAAAUGGAACUUGACAGUGGUAUCCAGGAUUACCAACCAACCGUCCAGGGACACCAACGUGAAAAUGAAAACGGAAAACUGAGCCGCAAAAGAGGAUUGUACAGAAAUGCAAGUUUAUGGCGAAUCUUUUCCAUGCUCUUGUUUUUUUACUUUCACCUUUGGGUGCUGUAUCUGGUGGGU